GAGUGGAAAGGUGGUGUGAAACGAGCAGUAGGAUACACAGCGCUCUGACUCCUUGAAAUUGAAUUGUUUGUCUCUGUUGAAAUUUCAAAGUUGAAUCAAGAACGCAAUUGAGGGAGCUGUUGAUGGUUGUGAACUUGUGGCGGCAGGCAGCUCCCCUGGCACCCCCUGGCCCGCCUCUUUUCGCUAUGUUAUAUGUUCUUGCGCAGUACUGAGGCCCAUGCUUUGUUCAUUCAGCUCAAAAGAACUUGCACAUCAUGGAGGGGAACAGCACUGCAUGAGGAAAGGUUGCGGCCUUCUCGCCACCAUGACCCACCCUGAGAUCAUCUUUGACCCCAAAUCACUGCGCCGAUUCAACACUGCCUCAGCCAAUGCACCGAUCAAGAUCAUAGGACCAGAGUGGAGAAUCGCCGCAAAAGCUCAAUGAGAGGCCCUCUGGCACUGUUUUAGAAAGCAAUCUUGACGAUUGCAGCACCUCCCGCCAUUCGCAAUGUCUUCCUCCUCAAAACCGCGGAGCAGCCGCUCUCGAAACUCUGCCCCCGAGUCCGCAAUCUCUGCGCCCCGCCUUCCCCUGGUUGUGUACCUCAACUGUGUUGAAGACUGCUCAGCGGAGCAGCGCGAGCUCCAGGGUGUGGCACAGGUCGAGCAUGUUGCGCUCACGGACAUUGGCAAGGGGCAGAUCGAGGCGGCCGCGGUGGUCGUCGUGCAUUCUCUUGCGUUUCUGCCUCGCAACGCGCAGCGCAGGCUCAGCCCCGUGCAGCUUAUCCUGUGCCUGGGGUCCUCUGACAAGCAGGUUGAUUCCAGCCUGGCGACCGAGCUCGGCCUGCGUCUCUUCCACAUAGACCGGCCGCGCGCCGACGAGGUAGCCGACUCAGCGAUGGCACUGAUGCUCGUUCUCCUACGCCGCACGCACGACCUAGCAACGCAGCGCUGCGGGCGCAUAAGCUGGGCACCGGGAUACACCUCCCUGCGGGGGAUGAAGCGACUCAAGGGGAAGGUCAUUGGCCUCGUCGGGACGGACAAGAGUGCCGUGGCUUUGGCGCAGAGGGCCCGGGGGUUCAAGAUGAAGGUCAUCUUUCUGGACCUACAGCAGGAUGACGACUUUGGUCGAGCCCAGGCAGGUUUGGCCAAGUUGCAGCGGGAGGGGACGGAAGUUGCGCGCCUAGAGGAGCUGCUGGCGCAGAGUGACGUCGUGUCGCUGCACUGCCCCCUCACUCAGGAGACUGUCAAGAUGCUCGACGACCAGGCCUUUCGGAGUAUAAAGAAAGGUGCACUCGUGAUUAACACAUCCAGCAGUCAUCUGGUCGACGACAGCGCCCUGAAGCGAGCGCUGAUCAGCGGGGCAGUGGGUGGGGCGGCGCUCGACGGCGUUGAAGGGCCAGAGUGGCUAGAGGCCUGGGUGCGCGAGAUGCCAAACGUGCUCAUUACCCCGCGCAGCUGCGAGUACAGCGACGAGGUGUGGGCCGAAGUGCGCGUCAAGGCCAGCGGCGCCGUCCGCAAGUACGUCGCGCACGGCAUCGUGCCGUCCGAACGGCUGGCGUCCGAUGAUGACGUGGAGGAGCAGUCGGGCGAUGUCGACAGCGCCGGUCGGGACGUUGGAGUCGCAGGCAUGGAGAGCCCGGCAGGAGAGGAUUCAGCCCAGGCGCCCGGGGGACGGCGGCGGCGGAGCUCCCGGCGCCACAGGGGGGGCCGCGGCCAGGCGCAGACUGGCCCCCUGGCCGGCAAUGGGGACGUGGCCCCCGGCAAACCGGGCGCAGUAGGCAGCCAUUUCGAGUGGCAGGCAGUAUCGCCAAGACCGGAAGGAGGGGAGCUGCCGUUAGAAAGCCCAGCUUCCGUGGCACGCCCCCCCAGCAGCUUCGACCCCUCCCUCUCCGUCGAGAACAUCGUCGCCACGGAGCAACAAGCGAGCGCACUCCCCCAGCCCGAGCACGGCCAGCAGCCCAUUCAACUGGGCCUCGCGCCGAGCGCCGUUUCGGGGGGGUCUGCCUCCAAAUCGCUCCUGGUGACGUUCUCCAGCGGCGACUCUCUUGGUUCUGCCGAGGAUCGGCGCAGCAGCGGCGGGAGUGAUGUGACCGCGACAGGGGGGCAGGCGGGGGGAUCGGGCCGCAGGAGGAACCGCAGAAAAAGUCGCGGCGGCAAGAAGGGCUCCCAAUCCAGCGGGUCCAAUCUGCCCACCGUUCACAGUGGUACAGACAUCGGCGUCGCCGACAUCCUCCCCCCCGGCGUGGAACCCCCCCCUUUCGUGACCGGCCCACCCUUCCAGCCGCCUUCUGUUGUCAGGCGCACGAGCUCUUCCGACCAGUGGUUCGCCUUCCAGGGGGGUCCGGCCGCCGCCGGAAACGGCCCCCUUCCGCGGGAGGGGCCGAACGGGGCUCGGCAAGCGAAAGAGCGGGGGGGGAAACGUGGCAGCACCAGCAGAAGACCUGGCGGCUGCGGUGGGGGGGUUGAACCUGGGGCCCGAGCACCCCCCCACGAGCAGCUAUCCCGCUGACCGCACCUUUGUGGGGCUGCGCAGCAGCAGCCGGGACGGGGCUUCCAACGUAACCGCCCCAGCCCCCCCAGUAGGAUACGACGGCAAGGGUAUCCUCGGGGAGGGCCCGGGGGAUCCCUCCGGACGCAGGCCGAGCUUGGGCGGCGAAGCCCCCGGUUUCGAAAUGGGGGGGUCGCUGAACGGGUCGUUGGAAGAUGGGCUGAUGGUCGCGUUCAAGGCGAAGGACAAGGGGCAGUACUGGGUUGCGACGGAGCGGCGCGGGUGGGCGCUGGAGUUGGGCGCGCCCGGAGUGGACGCCUCCGAUCCUGCGGCGCAGUUUCUGGUGGUGAUGCGAGGGAAGGACCGCCUCGGGUUCAGGUCGCUGGUGGCGGACGGGAAGCUGCUGCAAGUGAGAGAAAGGACGUCCAAGGGACAUCCGCAGGCCACCCGGAAACUGGAGUUGAUGUUCGUCAACUUCAGCCUGGACACCCUCGAGAACUGGCUGAUUACCGGGACCAGUUUAGCGGACUGCGUCAUCUCCAGCAAAAAGUUCCCAGAGGUUAGCUUGGCGUUGUCGCUUGAAGUCCUCGCAGUACCACCGGAAGAGGAAGACGUGCUGCUCGACGAUAUGGCAGGGUCAGUCCAGAAGCCUGAAGCGAGUCCGGAUGCUGAGGAGGAGUCCUUGGUGUGACAGGGUGCUUCCAUACUCACAGGUUUUCUUAUGCGUUAUACAGUCGUUACGUCUGUUUUUGCUGUUAGGUGCUUGAUAAGUCCAAAAGCUGAAAAGAUGGUAAUGGAGGACGCAUCAUGUUUCUCAACUAAUUCCUCUAUCCCGCUACUGACUGUUGUGAGGUUGAGCUGUUGCGACGGAUCGACACAUCUUUGUGUAUCCUAAUCUUGUUAAACCGAGGUCUAGCUGAGGAGAAAAUUCGUUGCCCUGGAAGCUGCCAACGUCGGACAACG